AAUUCCGGCUUUGUACAACACGCUAGACAGUGUGGAGUAAAGAUGACUCGCUGGGCUCGUCCAGGACAUGUAAACACUCCGAGCCGGAACCGCAAGCUGUGUGCGGCCACCCCAUGGGAAGAGUUGGGGAAGGCCGCCCCGAAUAGAACUGGCCAACCGCCCAAGAAGAAGAAGGAGGGCGGCUAUGUGAACCAGGAUGUCAAUGGCUUCAAUGCCAUGCUAAAGGAUCAGCGCCGGGAGGGUCGGAGGGUGAAGAGACAAACCAGCAAGAAGAAUAUGAUGGUAUGUUUCCACUGUCGCAAGCCUGGCCAUGGCAUGGCUGACUGCUCUGAAUCUCUGAGAUGUCAGGAGAUGGGUACAGGAAUCUGCUUUCGAUGUGGAUCAACAGAACACGAAAUAAACAAAUGCAGAGCCAAAGUGGAUCCAGCUCUUGGAGAGUUUCCAUAUGCAAAAUGCUUCAUAUGUGGAGAAAUGGGGCACCUAUCACGGUCAUGUCCAGACAAUCCCAAAGGAUUGUAUGCAGAAGGAGGAAAAUGUAGGAUUUGUGGAUCGGUUGAACAUUUUCAAAGAGAUUGUCCAGAACAUCAGACAUCAGCCCAGAUGACCGUUGGCAGAUGGACAAGCGGAAUGAGUGCAGAUCAUGAAGAUGUUCCUGUCAUACCUAAAGCCCAGAAGGUGCCCACAAAGACCCCCAAAGUUAUCAAGUUUUGACUGUUCCUCCAU